CAAUAAAUAUACUUGCUGCCUGGCAUGCAGGAGAAGGCGUAGCUGGUUUGCAGCGGUGUGGAGAAGAGGUCUACUGCAAGGAGAAUGCAGCUGUCGCCGUCCCUUGUGGUUCUGUUUGCUGCUGCUGUCCUGGUAGUGGAAGCAGUAGUACAUCCAAUAGCCUCAGACACCGCAGACCUACAAUGCUCUAACCAGUUCAUCCUCUACAACUUGAACUGCUAUCGCUACUUUGGCUCAACAUCAAAGAGAGCUUAUUUCCAUGCCCAGAAGCAAUGCCAUCGCCAUCAGAGCUCGCUAGUAACUAUAUACUCACACAACGAGGAACAAUUUAUCAUAUCAUUGGCUGAGACUAACACAUCGUUUUGGAUAGGCCUGAAUGAUCACGAUGGUCCGGGCACAGGACACAAGGAGGGAGUGUUCAAGUGGGGGGCUGGCGGAACUAUGGAGUAUUUCAACUGGAGGAUUGGAGAGCCUGAGAACAAGCAGCACUUGGACUGUGUCAAGGCUGACAGUGUAGGCUGGGCCAUGGCUACUGGUGGUUGUGCAUCUACUAAACUGUCGUUUGUUUGCAAGAAAAUAGCUUGCCCUAAAGGUCUGGACCUUGAGGAUGGAGUGUGUGAUGUCAUCCUAUCAGAGGAACCUAACGAAAUAUUGACAAGCUCCAGGAUUUAUCACAUCUUGUUUUUACUGAUCUUAUUAUUAUCCAUCAUUAUAAGUUGUACUGUUACAUGUACUAGAUUACGAUCUCACAGAUACGCUACAACUAACGAACAAUGUGUUCCCAUGCUUGAGAAAACUAGAUUACGAACAUCUUUAAGUGUACAAGAUAUUUAUCCCACUUAAAAAUUCAUUAUUUGUACAUAUUCAAGAUUGAUUAAUUUUUUCAUUAAUUGCAAA